AUGUCCAAAUCGAAUAUUACAGCUUUAGUAGCUAUUCCUUCAGCAAUUCAGCUUUUGUUCUGUGUCGUCGUUCUCAGAGUAUUCUAUAAAGUGCGCAGUCUCCGUACAUCAGCCAACUAUCCCAUCAUCAAUUUGAUUGCAUCUGACUUCUUGCGAGGUGUCGUCGGUUUUCUAGCAAUUACCUCCUUUUUCGGAUCAAGGGCGGAAACUAUUUCCGAACUUUCAAGCAUGGAUAUAAUCUUGUGCCGCACGGUAGGGUUUUGCAACAAUGUUCAACUGGCUUGGUCAAGUUGGGCGAUUGCCACAGUGUCGUAUAGUCGUUCUGACGUCAUUGUCAACGUAUUGAGUCCGACAUUCACUAAGAAACGUUUCUGGAUGGUGAGUGUGAUAUCCUGGAUAGGAACCUUAACGACAGCUUUACCUCUGCUGGGGCCCUGGAGUUCGUACGGACAUGUGAGAUCAAAAAGCAAUAAUGGUUACGUUUGUCGUGCAGGUGGUGAUGGCGACGGGCUGCUGCACGCCCUCUAUUUACCAUCAUUCUACUUUAUCAACUUUUUGCUUCCUACUUUUCUUGUCAUUCUCUUCUUCUCUCGUAUUGUGCGAACAGUUCAACAUCAGAAGUUAUUAGAAAGAAGUGGGCGAUCCAACGUCGUCAUGUUAUCCAAUUUUUCCAUGACCGGAGAAAGUGCACAACAGCCAUCGAUGGCCAGGCAACUUAACGUCAUCAUCCGAUCCAAAGCAUUCAUUUACACCGUUGUCAUAAUUAUCACUAACUUGGUCUUUUCGUUUCCAUACGUUGUCGUUCAGGCGUACACGGCUGUCGUUGCAGAGCUCGGAUUAGAUCAUCUACAACUUGAAGACGCUGCAUUUCAAGUCACGACAAUAUUCUUUACACUAAACUUCAAUAUCAACUCUCUUCUCUACAUAUUUUGGAUCAAAACGUUUCAACAGACAGCAGCUGCAAUGUGCCCAUGUCUUCGACGUCGAGUUGGCAAUCAGUGA